AUGGAACAAACUAUUUCCUUGGAGCAAACAAAUGCUCUCAGGAUAUCUCUCGGGCUCCGUCCGAUCCUGACCGAGAAGGCUGCUGAGAUUGAUGAUGUUAAAGCGUGGAAGCAGCGGGAAAAAGAUGCCGAAAAGGCGGCUGCUGCUAUUUCUACACAAGCCAAAAUUGAAGAAAUGGAGAACCGGAUCCGCCAUCAUAAAGCGACGAGAGUCGAACCAAAAGCAUCGAAUUUGAACUGGUUGGCUAAAGUAAAAGCGGUCAACUCAAUCGCCCAAUCGGAAUCAGAGCCUGAGUCGAGCCCCAGCGUACCUCCAGAGCCAGUACCAGAAACGAUACCAACAGCCAAGCCUAUUCCAAAAACCAAAAGCGCACCUAAGCAGCCAGAGACCGAACCACUUUCAAUAUCCAAUGACAGAUUCGAGGGUACUUUCGACCCACUAGAGAAAGAGGAUCGACCUGUAAUACAAACCGAGUCUGAUUUCAAAAAAGUGAAAUUCAAAACAAAGAAAAGAAAGUCUCUCAAUAAAAGAGUUGUUGACGAGGAAGAUUAUAAAUUACCCUCUACGUUUUCAAUUGAUGAUGAAGAAGAAGAUUUGCACCAAAUUCUGGGUCAGAACAGAAAGAACAAGCUAAAGAUCCAAGCCCCCGAGGAAAUCGCGAAACUAGUCACAGAAGAAUCAACGACUGAUACACCAUCCAAAGAAGGAAUUAUUAUCAGUAGUACAACUGAUUUUCUUUUUUCAAUGCGUAAAAGACUAGAAGAACCUCCAGCUCCUGCUGUAGAACCGGUCGUCGAGACCUUCGAGGAACCCGCUGUUAUUGAAGAAACUGAACUCGAAAAUGAACUCGUAUCCAACGGUUUAGCUGCCACUUUGAGUUUGUUGAAAAGUAAAGGCGUUGUCAAGCCCGAAAAUGAUCGCAAAAAACGCAAGAACAAAGAAUGGCUGCAAAAAGUCGCAACACAGCGUCUUCAACGUGAUUUUGAACUGCGACAACAACAGGAAUCCAUUGACCAUCUGCCUUCUAAAAAACGGUCUGAAUAUCUUGAAGCCCAAGAUAAACAAAACGCCAAAGAAGAACUUGAACUUGCAAGACGGCAAUUCGAGGAUUACCAACCUGUUGUUGAACUCGAGCACCGCGACGACCAAGGGAAUUUGUUGGACCCGAAACAAGCAUUCAAACACCUAUCGCAUAAGUUCCAUGGUAAUUCCGAAGGGCGUAAACGUGCCAUGAAACGGAAAAGUCAUGCAGAUGCUACAAAAAAGGAAAUAGCGAAACCGCUGUUCGAUUAG